AUGGAACCCUCUGAACUCUUGAAAUAUCAAUUAAAUGUUAUGAGUGAUGAACAAAAAUGCAGCGGCUUUAAUGCAUAUUUAAAUGAAUAAUUGUUCCAAUCGGCUCAUAAAAAAAAGAGUCUUGAAUAAUAAGAAAAAAUAAUUCAGCAAUGGAAUAAAUUAUCCUCAGAUGAGAAGAAAGAAUUUUAAGAAAAGGAAGAAGAAAUUAGAGAACAUAUUUAAAAAGAGAAGAAAGAAAAGGAAAAAGAAAAAGAAAAAGAUAAAUCAAAAAAAUCACAUAAGAGUCAUCAUUAAAAUGAAAAGCACGAAGAUGACAUGGAAGAUGUUUAGAAGAGUGUUUAAAAUAUGAAAAUACAUGAAGAAAAAUCACAUAAUAAAAAAAAAAACCAUGAAAUGAAGAGUGAUAAGCAUGAUGACAAGGAAGAUGGAGAGGAUGAUGAAAAAGAAGGCGAUCAUUAAAGCAAGAGUGCACAUCAUUCCAAAUAGGGCAAAUAAAAAAUGUCAGAAAAAGAAGAUUAAGAGGAUGAUGAGGAGAACUAAGAUAAAGUUAAUGAAGACGGGGAACAUAAAACUAAUAAGAAAUAGUAUAAAGCCAGGUCAAGCAGAUCCGGAUGCAGAUCCGGCUAAAGGUCUGGAUAAAGAUCUGGAGGUAGAUCAGGAUGCGGAAAGAGAAAAAUGUGA